CUACGCUAUGCUUUGCUGUCUCGCUUCCACAACGCCACAGUGUGGCGUACAGUUUGUCUCCGAAAGCGGCUUUUGGCGACAAAUUCGUCGGUAUUUCAAACCGCUUCGCCGAGGGGGAAGAGGGACCCGAUGGCUCACUGUUCGGGCCCCACCCUUAAGCAUACAACGUGUAUGUUUUCCGAGAUAGUCGCAUGGUUUACAAGAGAUCUCCCAUAAUUGAAUAACCCAGAAGUCAGAAAAAUAGAAGACGCAAUAUGGAUACCGCAAUUGAUCUCUCAAACGCCUCCAAAGCACUGGAUCUCGCAAAUAUUCGUUUCCAGUUGAUUCGAUUGGAAGACACUAUUACCUUCCACCUCAUUGAGCGUGUACAAUUCCCUUUCAAUGGCACCAUUUACGUCCCCGGCGGCGUGAAGAUCCCAAACAGCGACCUCAGUCUCUUCGACUGGACUCUGCGCGAACAAGAGCGGCUACAAUCACUCCUUCGCCGCUACCAGUCUCCAGACGAGUAUCCGUUCUUUCCAGAUGCUCUUCAGGAACCAAUCUUGCAACCGCUCGACUAUCCUCGGAUUCUGCAUCCCAAUGACGUCAACGUCAACGACAAGUUAAAGAAGAGCUAUAUACAGCAUAUCCUCCCGGCUGCGUGCAGUACAUAUGGACGGGAAGAUCGCGGCGAAGCGCAGGAGAACUAUGGCUCUUCGGCAACAGCCGACGUGCAAUGCGUCCAGGCCCUCUCGAGACGGAUACACUUUGGAAAAUUCGUUGCUGAGGCUAAGUUCCAGAAGGAAACGGAGAGAUUCGUAAAGAUGAUCAAGGACGAAGAUCGACAAGGCAUCGCUGCGGCUAUCACAGAUCUCAAGGUCGAGGAGAAGGUUCUAGAGAGAUUACGGCUCAAGGCUGUCACUUACGGCACAGAUCCCAGUGUUGGAAUUGAUGCUUCAACCAAGAUUAAUGCGGAUGCUGUAGUCGCAAUGUACAAGGACUGGGUCAUUCCAUUGACCAAAGAAGUCGAGGUAGAAUACCUUAUGCAGCGCCUACGCGGAACGCAAUGGGAGUAAUAAAUCCUGUUGAAUUCGACCUCGCAAACAAUCAGUCAUCUUCCGUUUCUUCGAACUGCGGUGCUCGGACAAACACCGCAUAUCAAUGAAUGACAUACCUAUAUACAUCCGUUAUAUACCAGCGACGACCCUAACAU